GGUUGGGGUCUCAUUUGAAAGCUGACAACCUGAAUUUUCACCCAGUGCAGUCAGAAUUACUCUAGGUGCUACUGGCACAGAGUAUUUCAUGUUGGCACACACUGAAUUAGGAUGAAUUUUUUUUCUCGCCUACAUUUUUUCCCUAAUAAAACACCUGAAAAUCAGUGUGGCAGCACUGUAAGAGCUUGAAAACACAAUAUUGCAAAAGCCUGGGGUCUUACAUAGUUCAGGUCAAAAUUUCAGAGCAAUACUACAAGAAAUGAGUGUUUCACACAUGUAUUUGUACUGAUAUGCUCCGCCCCUGUCAAUGUUGGAUACACUCUUUAUACACUGUGCACACUCUCUACAGAAUGGUAUAAAUUCAUUUUCACUUCAUUUUCCACUUCAUUUUCAUUCCAAAAACUCAUAAAGAACUCAAAAAAUCACUUCAGAUAGGCUUCAGUGUCGAUCACACACACAGAUUGAGAGGAAUACAGAGAAACAGCAGGUGGAGCCCGGAGCUCACGAAUGAAAUAUCAUAUAAAGCCGCUGGCAGAGGCGGGAUUUAUAUUCAAGCCAUUCAGCAAGCUCAUUGGCUACCAGGCCUGUCAAUCUAACGUUUCCUCCGGCGUGAUUUGCUGAGAAACAAGUCAAUCAAGUGAUGUAAUCGAUAUCUGUCAGACUCGGCCAUGGUUGGCUAUAUCGCCGAAGUAGGCGGAAACGAGUCACCUGAUUGGUUGAAGUCCGGUUUGAAGCGGAAAAGAAGCCUCCAGUAUCCAUUUUGAAUCGUGAACAAAGGGAAUAGGACCGUGUAUGAUAAAGUUAUAAUAGAAAGAUGCAGUGAAUAUGAAACGCACAGCGCCACCACGCGCCGCGUGCACGCGCACGGAACCGAUCGUUUUCUGGAUUUUUUACCUAUUUCGAGACAUGUUUUGGCCAAAGUAUUAUACUGGAUUGUUUCCUCUGGAUGGCUAAGCUUGGGUUCUGGCCGGUUUUUGUGGAUUAUCUUCUUUUAUGACCAGAAACGAGCGUCCAAACUGCGUCGACAGAGCUGCAGCCAGUCUGAGGGUGAAGCAGGAGGCAGAGAUCAGAGAGGGUUAGGGUUAGAUCCUCACGUCUUCCAUCCCAUCACCAUGAGGUUUGAGGAGAUCCUGGACGAUGUUGGCGGCUUCUCAAAGUUCCAGUUCCUACUGAUGAUCAUCCUGUGCCUUCCCCGGACCAUCCUCCCUCUCCACUUUCUUCUGCACAACUUUGUCUCUGCCACCCCUCCUCAUCGCUGCUCCCUGAAGAGCCUGGAGCAAAGUGGUGAAGACAGCUGGAGCUCGGACCCCGAGGUGGUGGCCCUGAGGAUCCCCCGCCAGGACAACGGCUCCUUCAGCUCCUGCAGGAUCUACGAUCCUCCGCUGACCGUUAACCUCGACCAGGGAAACAAGACUGCACCUUGUCCCGAUGGAUGGGUCUAUGACCAGUCCCAGUUCAGCUCCACAACUGCCACCGAGUGGGAUCUGGUGUGUGACAACAAAAAGCUGAACCAGGCUCUCGCUUCUUACUUCUUUCUCGGUGUCACAUUCGGAGCCGUCGUGUUUGGACAGCUCUCCGACAAGUUUGGUCGUAAGUCGAUGCUUCUCGUGGCUUUAAUUGCCUCCACCAUGCUGGGAACCACUUCAGCUUUCUCCACCUCCUACGUCAUGUUUGCCAUCUCCAGAGCGCUGUGCGGCAUGGCCCUCAGUGGACUGUCCAUCAUCGGCGUGGUCCUCGGUAUCGAGUGGACGGAUGUAAAGCACCGGACCUUCACCGGUACCAUCAUGAGUUUGUCGUGGAGUGUGGGAAACAUGCUUCUGGCCCUGCUGGCCUACUUCGUACGAGACUGGAGGCACCUGACGCUGGUGGUGACGGCGCCCUGCAUCGCUGCCAUCAUCUCCUGGUGGUGGCUGCCGGAGUCGGCCCGCUGGUUGCUGGUCAACGGCAAAACGGAGGAAGCCAAGAAGUACCUGGUCCAGUGUGCUAAAAUGAAUGGGAGGACAGGAUCUGCGUACAGACUGGAUAAUGAGGUUCUGGGGAAGGUGACGGUGACUGAGGUGGCUGAGAAAAACCACUCUUACCUGGAUCUGGUCAGAACCCCUGAGAUGAGAAGGAUCACCAUCUGCUCCGGGUUCUUCUGGUUUGCUGUGGCCUUCCUGUACUACGGGAUCAGCUUUAAAAUCUCCGGCUUCGGCGUCAGCAUCUACCUCACUCAGUUCAUCUACGGCGCCAUAGAAACACCCGCUAAGAUCCUCACUUUCUUCGUCCUAGACUGGAUCGGCCGGAGAAACAGCCAGGCAUGGUUUCUCAUCACAACAGGAGCGCUGAUUGGAAUAAACACGGCCAUACCUCUAGAGUUCUCUGUGCUUCGAACCUGCAUCGCCGUGGUGGCAAAGGGAUUCUCAGAGGCGGCGUUCACCACGGCGUUCCUCUACUCAGCAGAACUCUUCCCAACCGUCCUGAGGCAGUGUGGUAUGGGCUACACCUCCUGUGUCUGUCGCAUCGGCAGUUCUCUGGCUCCUCUGAUUAUGCUGCUGGAGGACGUCUGGCUUCGUCUGCCGCCGCUGAUCUUUGCUGGGACUGGGAUCGUCAGCGGUAGUUUGGUCUUCCUCCUCCCAGAGACGCUCAACGUCCAUCUGCCUGAAAACAUCUUAGAUGUGGAGGAAGGAAGACACAGGCACAAUGAGACAAAUGGAGGAGGAAACAUGGAGCUGAAGAACCUCAACUGUGAAGACUCGUCUGAGGAGAAGUGAUCAGCAGAGGGAGGAGAUGUUCUUCAGAUGGAUCAGGGCUUCUCACCAGAUGUUUGUUUCGUGUGUUCAGGACAACAGACAACUCUGAGUGUUUUGAUUAACACAACUUUAAACUCAUAUUUAUGUCAGAUUUUCUUUCAUUACAGUUCUUUUCACCAUUUGGGGCGGAAAAAGCCCAAUAAAUUCCCCAUUUUACACAGAAAACAGCAGAAAAAGGAAAAAAAAAACACAGACUGGAAGACACUCAUUUAAAAUCUACUUUAUUAUCGUACACGUAAAAAUAAAUUUACAAUAAAAUGCU